AAACUGGGCGAGCAUUCGCACAAAAGCAGAGAACUGUAACAAAUACACGUACAAGAAUGCAACGACUCCCAUAGCCAGCUCUCAGCGAUGUGUCUUUCUUUCUUCGUGUUGGACGCGGCUGAAGGGCCUCGUUUCCUGCUCGCCUUCAACCGCGACGAGUAUUUCGACAGGCGCACGCAGCCGCUCCACGAGUGGUCAGAUGGCAGCGGCAUCAUCGGCGGCCGUGACUUGGAGGGCAAAGGAACAUGGCUGGGCGUCACGCGGAGCGGACGCGUUGCAUUUCUGACCAACCUGCGCAGCUCCGACCCUGUCGCCCCGCACACACACGCCAACCCCUACACACACGCCAGCCGCGGCGGCAUUACCACCGCCUUCCUAACGGGGGACGCGUCGCCCGCGAAUUUUGCGCAGUCUCUGGACGCCGCAAACUUCCACGGUUUUAACCUGGUCCUUGCGGAACUGGCCGGGCCCGCGCCCAGCCUGGUGUACACACACAACGGCGCGCUGGUCACCAGCAGCACAGCCGAGCCGGCCGGGAACUGUAACCGCAGCGGCGGCGGUGGUGGCUGCGACGUUAAUGGCAGCAAUGGCCCGGUUGGGGCCCGCGAGGAUGGCAAGGAUGGCAAGGAGCAGGGCGGCCUUGCGGCGGGGAAGCGGCGGCUGCUCGGGGCGUCUACGUUGGGUGCGGGGUUUGCGGCGGCGCCGGCAGACGGCGCUGCUGCGGAUGUGGAGGUGGCGCUGGGACAGCUGGCCGUGACAGCCGCCGGGCAGAGCAGUCCCCGGGCGGAGGCAGCAGGCCCCGGGGCAGCAGCAGCGAGGGAUUCAACCUCAGCAGGCGGCGGCGCGGGCAGCUGCACUCAAGGCGCAGAAGGCGCAGCAACGAGCGGCAGCAGCAGCAGGGUGCAGGCGCUUAAGUCAGGUGUGGUGUACGGCGUCAGCAACGGGCUGCUGCUGGAGUGGCCCAAGGUGGCCAGCGGCGUGGCGGUGCUGAGUCAGCUGCUGCCCGAGAUACGGCAGGGCCAGCCGGUGCCCUGGUCCCGCCUGUUCAUUGAGCUGCUGGGGGACGACACCCGACUGGUGCCGCCCAGCUGCGGCCGGCAGCAGGAGGGGGCGGCGGAGGAGGCGGGGGCGCAGCACCAGGGAGCCAGCACAGGUGGCAUCAGCGGCGGCGGCGUGGCCGCAGCCCAGCAACAGGCCGUGGCCCCGGCUGACGAGGUCGCCGCGCACGUCGGCAGCGGCGCCGCAGUGCACGUGGACGGCCGACCCAUCGCACCAGCACCGGCCGGCGCUGGCGCCGGCGCCGGUGCCGGCCACAACCGCGGCCACGGCCAUGGCCACGGCAGCAAUAGCAGCAGCAGCAGCAGCGGCUGUAGCAAUGGAGCUGGCGGGAAUGGCGGCGGCUGUAGCAGCGCUGCUGGCGGCGGCGGCGGGGGCGGCGGCGGCGCGGGUGACAGCUACUUUGAGAGGGAGCUGGAGCACAUCACGAGCGGCCGCUUUGUGGCGGAGGUGGACUCACCGUUUGGCAAGUACGGCACUCGGUCGCAGACGGCGUUGGUGGUGUGGCUGGACGGGCGUGUGGAGAUGCGGGAGCGGGCGCGGGAGCCCGACGGCAGCUGGCGCGAGAGCGCGCUGGACUUCGCCAUUUCGCUGUAGCGCUGUCUGUUGCCGUACACUGUUGCAGCACUUGCAUCGCCUGCAAGAUGGUGGGCGCAAUGACGCUGUGUGGCAGUAGGCCGGGAGCUUGGCGCUAGAGGUCAGCGCUGGCGGUUGUGGCUCGGAUUGCUGUAGCAGAUGGUGGCGUGGCCGGGUUGUGGAUGUUGGGCGUUGUGUGGCGUUCGACGGCGGGGUUGUGGCUGGUGGAGUGGUGGGUGCACGCCGUCAGGCACGCAUGUGUUGUUGGCUACUAGCGAGAUUGGCUGUGGGGUGAAAUGUGAAUGUGUGGGGUGAAAUGCAAACAGACCGGCAGUGUGCUGGGCUGGUGGUAUGCGGCGAUGUGCAUGGGGCGAGUGUCAGCAGUAGCCAGUUUCCAGCAGCCUGGUGGACGCAGCAGGCCCAGUUCACAAUCGGACAUGAUGAACCACUCCUGUAAAGUGGUGGAGCUGCCAGCCUAAUACCCGCCCGCAACCGUACACAUCAUAUGCCUUCAAGUCCCGGCACUUAGAUCCUGUACCAAGCCUUGCCUUGGCAAGUGUCAAUGCUGUUGUACACAUGUACAUGUAUCUGCAACCGCAUCGUCACGGUCUACAAUCUGG